AACCCAAACGAACAAUUGUCCAGUUAGACAAAGUUUGAAGUCGUGACAGCGCUUUGUAAGGAGAUACAGUCAGAACAGAUACCCAGAAAACUAAUCUACACGACAUUUAAAUGAAGUUUGGGCAGGUUGGCAUGGACGAGGGCAGCGUGAGGAGGAGAAAGGAUACAGGGAGCAGUGGUGCUGACCCCAGCAUGGCCUCCUUCUCCCCCACUACAGAGGAGAAGGUGAAGGCCACAGUGCUGCAGAAGGAAGUGGGUCUACUGAGCGGUAUCUGCCUGAUCGUGGGCACCAUGAUCGGCUCAGGGAUCUUCAUCUCUCCCAAGGCCGUGCUGGAGCGCUCGGGGGCGGUUGGACCAUGCCUGUGUGUGUGGGCAGCCUGCGGAGUGCUGGCCACUCUGGGUGCACUGUGCUAUGCGGAGCUGGGCACCAUGAUUACUAAAUCGGGGGGAGAGUACCCCUAUCUGAUGGAGGCCUUUGGGUCCAUCGUGGCCUACCUGUACUCCUGGACCACCAUCAUGGUCCUAAAACCUUCCUCUUUCGCCAUCAUCGCCCUCAGCUUUGCGGAGUACGCAUCCACUCCGUUCUACCCGGGAUGCCAGCCUCCGGUCGUCAUCACUAAAUGUCUGGCUGCAGCUUGCAUCUUAUUGAUAGUACUGGUCAACUGUCUUAGUGUCAAACUGGCCAGUUACGUCCAGAACUUCUUUACCGCAGCCAAACUGUUCAUCAUCCUUAUCAUUGUGGUGUCCGGCAUUGUGCUGUUGGCCCAAGGGAACACACAGAAUCUGUCGAAUGCCUUUGAAGGGUCAUCAACCUCUUUUGGCAACAUUGGACUUGCGUUUUACAACGGCCUUUGGGCUUACGAUGGGUGGAACCAACUGAACUUCAUAACUGAGGAACUGGAAAACCCAUUUAGGAAUCUUCCCCUGGCCAUCAUCAUCGGGAUUCCCCUGGUGUCAGUUUGCUACGUGCUGGUCAACAUUGCCUACUUCAGUGCCAUGUCCGCCACAGAACUGUUACAGUCUCCAGCCGUUGCGGUGACUUUUGGUGACCGAGUACUCUACCCCAUGUCCUGGGUCGUCCCUCUGUUUGUGGUCUUCUCCACUUUCGGGGCGGGCAACGGAAGUUGCUUCACCGCUGGCAGGCUGACCUAUGUGGCUGGAAGAGAAGGUCACAUGGUGAAGAUCUUGUCCUACAUCAGCCCGAGGUACUACACUCCAUCCCCUGCCCUUAUCUUCAACGGGAUUCUGGCUAUUCUGUACACCGUCCCAGCAGACAUUAACAGUCUUAUCAACUACUUUAGCUUCGCUCAGUGGGCGUUCUACGGUCUAACGGCUCUUGCUCUCAUCGUCAUGCGCUUCACCAGGAAGGAACUUCCCAGGCCCGUCAAGGUACCGAUAGCCAUCGCCUUCCUGGUGGUGAUCGUAUCCUGCUACCUUGUCCUAGCCCCCAUCAUAGACAAACCAGAGCUGGAGUAUCUCUACUGCACCGUCUUCAUCGUCAGCGGCCUGCUGCUAUACUUCCCUUUUGUCCACCGCAAGUUCGGCUGGACACGCAAAGUCAUGAGGCCCAUCACCAAGCACCUGCAGCUGCUGAUGGAAGUGGUCCCCCCAGACAAAAUUGAAUGACGAAGACGAAUGGACGUUAAUGGACAACUAGUGGAUAUCUAGACUGCUCUUCCACUGAACAGAAUAUUCGGACAAGCCAGAGGAAUAGUCUAGAUCUCAUGCUGGAUGCAACAGCCAGAGGAAUAGUCUAGAUCUCAUGCUGGAUGCAACAGCCAGAGGAAU